GCAUCAGAGGAGAAGGUCAUGGGGAUGGAGCAGCUGACGAGCAAGAUGAAUCAGCGGCGAGCGGAGGUACUGCAAGGGCACCAUCGCUGCCUUGAGCGGGAGGGUCUUGCUCCUUCCUCCGAGGACCUCCAGUUGCUGCUGGACUACAGGAGGGGAGAAACUCUGAGACCCCAGACCUCCUCCCAUGGGCGACUUCAGCUAAAGUCCAGCAGACCCACCUGGCAGCGCAUCAUCGCCCCAUGCAAGCAGGUCGACAGCGAGACGAGAGAAGCGCUCGAGCGACUCGCCACCCCGAGAAGGCAACUGACGGCUCCCCGCACGCUCAGAAACAGCAACAGACCGGCUACGGGGCAGGCAUGGUGCAGCGCGAGGCUGGCGAGGGUGGAGGGAACGUUUUUCCGCCUCAACGCCAUCAAAGACGGAGGAAUCACUUUCACUCCAUGGCAGAUCAAGAUGGGAAGAAUCAUCUCCCUUCCCCAGAUCUCCAUGGAAGAGAUUCUGCUGGCUCGACUGAGAGGCACGAUGGAUUGACCUACUCGCUGCUACUCCUCGCCUCGACCUAAGGAGACGAGGGAGUGAAGAAGGCAGAGAGUUCGAUGGGGUUGACGUUAACGCAAGUAAGCAGACUGGCAGUGGAGCGAGCAGCAGCUUGAAGGAGGUAGAGGAGAAGGAACACGGGACUACAAGGGAAUGUGGAUAAGAUCUCGCAACUUCAUAAAAACAAUAAAUUGAAGGCAAGCAAG